UCACGCACCGCAGAAGAACGACCUAUGAGGGCACGCGUGAGAGCAGCAGGGAAGCAGCAGGGGGGCUGGCGUGGGAUGGUGGAAGGGGCGGGCGAGCAGCAAGGGCAGGGGCGGUAGGGGGGGUGGGGGAGGGCAGGGCAGCAUGGGAGGAGGAGUUUGAGCGCGAAGUGCUGGGGCGAGGGGGGAGAGGGGGGAGAGGGGCAGGGCAGGGGGAUGAUGCGCUGAUGCAAGCUGGGGGCGAUGAUGGGGGAUUGUGGGGGGGAGGAGUGGGGAGAAGGAGCAGUGGAGGGAUGGUGGGGAUGGUGGGGAUGGUGGGGAUGGAGGGCGACGCAGGGGAGGAGGGGCGGGGGAGGGGAGAGGGGCAGGGAAGAGGGAGGCGGAAGCAGAGGGGAGGCAGCGGCAUGCAGAAGCAGUUUCUGCGGGAAGCAGGGCGGCUGGCAGAGUACCUUGACUGCAGGAUAGAGGAGGCUAGCAGGCCGGGGGCAGCAGGAGCGGGCCCAAGGACCGAGCAAGGAGGGGAAUGCGAGGGGAGUGGCGGCGCUGUGGAUGAUGCACAUGCGGACGACCAGGGCGCAUUGGCUCAUGCACAUGACCUGCCGCCCAAGGUGCAUCUGUGGCAGCAUCACGAGUCGCUCUCCUCGCGCAAUCUCUCCAACUCCCUCUCCUCACUGCAUCGCUACUUUGACUACAGGUGCCAGGGGGGCUAG